GUGCAAUUUUUCCUGCGACUUUUCCCAACGCGCCCACUUGCUCGGAUUUUCUGCCAUCCUCAAGUCAGACCGUUCAAGCUUCCUGCAAAUAGUGGCAGUCGCAAUGGCGAGUGAAGCGAUGGAUUACACAAUUAAGCCAGAGGCUGGCAACGGCAACAUCCCUACCUCUGAGUGGCCGCUUUUGCUCAAGAAUUAUGACAAGCUCCUCGUCAGAACGGGUCACUUCACCCCCAUCCCUGCCGGUUGCGCUCCUCUGAAGCGUGAUCUGAAGUCGUAUAUCAACUCCGGUGUGAUCAACCUGGACAAGCCGUCCAACCCGUCCAGCCAUGAAGUCGUCGCUUGGAUGAAGAGGAUCUUGAGGGCCGAGAAAACUGGCCACAGUGGAACGCUUGAUCCCAAGGUCACCGGUUGUCUGAUCGUCUGCAUUGACCGUGCCACUCGCCUUGUCAAGUCGCAGCAAGGUGCCGGAAAAGAAUACGUUUGCGUGAUCCGUCUGCAUGAGAAGAUCCCUGGCGGCGAGGCUCAGUUCCGCCGCGCCCUGGAGACCCUGACGGGUGCCCUGUUCCAGCGCCCCCCUCUGAUCUCCGCUGUCAAGCGUCAGCUCCGUAUCCGUACGAUCCACGAGAGCAAGCUUUACGAGUUUGACAACGAGAGACACCUUGGUGUGUUCUGGGUUAGCUGUGAGGCUGGCACGUACAUCCGAACCCUUUGCGUUCAUUUGGGUCUUCUGCUCGGUGUUGGUGCGCACAUGCAGGAACUGCGCCGUGUACGAUCUGGUGCCAUGGAUGAGAACCGUGGCCUGGUCACUCUGCACGAUGUUUUGGAUGCCCAGUGGAUGUACGACAACCAGCGUGAUGAGUCGUACCUCCGUACCGUCAUCAGCCCGUUGGAGAGUCUCCUCACGACUUACAAGCGUAUUGUCGUGAAGGAUAGCGCCGUCAAUGCUGUUUGCUACGGUGCCAAGCUCAUGAUUCCGGGUCUGCUGCGUUUCGAGUCUGGCAUUGAUAUCAACGAGGAGGUUGUGCUCAUGACUACCAAGGGUGAGGCUAUCGCCAUCGGUAUCGCCCAGAUGUCGACCGUCGAGUUGACCACUUGCGACCACGGUGUUGUGGCCAAGGUCAAGCGUUGCAUCAUGGAGCGUGAUCUCUACCCUCGCCGAUGGGGUCUGGGCCCCGUGGCUUUGGAGAAGAAGAAGCUCAAGUCUGCCGGAAAGCUGGAUAAAUACGGUCGCACCAACGAGGCCACCCCUGCCCAGUGGAAGUCUGACUACAAGGACUACACUGCACCGGAGGGAGAGGAAGGCGCCGCACCCCCCACCCCCGCCGCUGCCGUCCCCGAAGCCCCGUCGUCUCCUCAGGACAACAUGGACGUCGACGAUGACCAGGACGACAAGAAGCGCAAGAGACAUGACGGCGAGACCGCAGAAGAGCGCGCCGAGCGCAAGAAGAAGAAGAAGGAGAAGAAGGAGAAAAAGGAGCGGAGAAAGUCGAAGCAGGGUAAGGAGGACAGCGAUGAUAGCGAUUAAGCAUUUCUAAGAAAGUCCUUGCUUUGCUUUGGUGUUGAAGUGUUUCGUUCCUAGUGACAACCGACGUGGUCCUCUAUUUGCUAUUUAUGUGUUGGGAGUCUGACUUGGGCAUGAUAUCUGUACCAUACGUGCUCUUUUUCUUUUUUCUUUUUCUUUUCUUUAUCGGAGUCGUGGGAUGAAAAGGGAAUAAACUAAAUUUCUGUUAUUUC